AUGAAGGCUCCUUACUCCUUGUCCUGCCUCCUCCUCUUCAGCUUGGGAGCCUGCGUCCCUCCCGACGCCAGAAAGGAGACGGGAGAGCCAGGGGACGGGGUCCGGUUUGAGACAAGCUGGCAGGAAACGGCAGACGACACCUCCCCGAGCGGCCUGAGGCAGCGGAGAUUUGAAGACCUCAGCUCCCUGUUCAGCGUGGCCAAGGAGCUCCAGGGCUUUGGCAAGGAGAGGGCAGGCUUCAGGUUCAGGUUCGGGAGGCAGGAGAGCCGGGAAGAGGAAGGCGAAGGGGUCGGUUUCCUGCGGGGGGACGGCGAGAAGCGCAGCGGCACCCUGGGGAACCUGGCAGAGGAGCUCAAUGGCUACAACAGGAAGAAAGGGGGAUUCAGCUUCCGCUUUGGCAGAAGAUGAAGGACUGGACUUGACUGAGUCACCCCCGGGGGGGAUCUUACCCUUUACUCUGCCCUUCCCAACUCCUGCCAUCUCCAGCCAAAGAAGUGCUCCAGGUCCCAUCCUUUUCUACCCUGCCAGCUAGUUUCCCUUGGAGAAGAGGGCUGGGGGAGGUUGCUAUUUUUUGGUACCACGCUCUCUCCAUCACUUUCAACUCUGUCCCAGAUUUCACAUCCCCACCUCACUGUCCAUGUCCCUGCUAGGCCAGGCCCCUGAUCGGGGACUUGGGGGUGGGGAGGGGGAGAAAAGGAGGGCGGGUGUUUAUAAAAGAUGGCCUUAAAACCCCCGCACGUUGUGCUGCCUUUGCUGGAGCUCACUAAAAGCGACCGUGGGCCGAGCUGCGUUCACGCUGUCCCCGAUUGUUCUGAGCCGUCGCCGCUGUCAGUGCAUUGAGAGGAGCGCGCUGCUAUGAAUAAGAAUCGGCAGACCCGGCGCUGCCAUGCUUGUAAGUUAAAGUAGAGAGACUGAAUGAUUAUAGGGGGAUAAUCAAAGUGUUGACAGUCUCCAUAGGGACUGCCUGGAGCUGGCAUCUGGAAUAUGGCUGUGAAUGAGGAAUAGGUCCCACCGGGCACUGGAUACAAUUCUAAAAGUUCCUGCUCUCUCUCUCCCUCUCAUGAACACAAACUCCCUCCGGCAGCAAAUUCUGUUCAGUGCCAAGAUGCCAUUUACAACAGGAUUGCUCCUGCGUGCAAACCAGGACCAGGCAAAAUGGCCCAAUAAACGGUCAGCCUUCAAAAUCCCACCGAGCGAGUAUGCCGGGCCAGGCAUCGGAUAGGGGCCAGAACUGCUCCCGCCCUGCAGCGGCUGGAUCCCGGAGCAUUGCUGUCUCCCAGACCCGCCAGCAUACCGAUGUGGGACCAGCUGACAGACAAUCGCGUUGCAGAGCAAACCCAGAUCUUUGCCUUGCUGCUGAAUUGUUCCCGCUUUAACCCUUUGGGCCUUGCCUACAUGUGGUUAAACGCUCCCAGUGCUGGCAAAGUGCGGGGAGCCCCCAAUGCAGUUUACUGGCUGUUAAACAUUGAAGCACAGCGUCAUCUACCCCCGGGACACUGUGGUGGAGAUGCCAGUGGCUGGUGCACACUAGCACAGCCGCCAACUCUACCACUAGUGAAGCUUCACCAUUGGGAGGGCUUAGCAAAAAAAUACCGUGUCGGCAAAGGCCCUGCAGAGUGAGCCUGAUUCUCAGUGCUCGCCUCUUGUUUUUGCAGACAGUGUUUUGUAACUGCAACCUACUGUGCAAGCUUUUCUGUGCCCUCCACCAACGGCAGGCACAAAUAUGAAUAAUUAGAGGUCUGAUUACCUGGCUUGCAGCUGCUAAGGGGCUAAUGGCUACUAAUAUUUCACCGCAGGCACACAAAAAGUAGCGGCAAUUAUUUGCAGGUGCUGAGCUGCCCCCGCAAAAGCAGAGAGCACGUUGAGACUUGGCUGAAAAGCCAGGCUCCAAAAGGGGCAUUGUAACGCACAUCAUGCAGGCAGCCCUCUCAAAAGCAGCGCCUCCCUCAGAGGCCAGCACAAAUUGCUCUCCUAGUGGAGAAACGGCGGGAGAAUACUUCCAGUGGGUUACCCGAGGCCUGGGGAUGGCUACGGGAGGUGGCUUAGUGCAGGUUGCUCUGGCUAGACAAGUGGACCCGAUUCCGAUUUCAAUCACACUGAUGUAAAACUGGAUUUGCAGUGAUGUGAGGGCAGAACCCCCCCCUCGCCCAGUACAAUAUGCACAUUACCCACACCCAGGUCACCCUCAGGAUUAACUUGGACGGCGGCUGCUAUUUGGGGGCGAGGCGAGGCAGGGCGUUUUUCCUUUCCUCACCUUCCAGCGCUGUAACUGAACUCUCACUGCAAGCAGCAUUCAGCGUGUCCAAGCCAAAAUGGACUCAACCGGGGGAAAGGCGUCAGAUACAUUUAGAAACGCACUUUUGGUCCUUCUCUAAUCCUAUCCCACGACAGGCCCCGAGUUCAGAGAACACGCAUGCACCAGUCUGAUUGAACAGCAGAGCUGGGGAGCGGUUAUUGAUGUUACUAUGGCAACCCCACUCUCUUUUUCCUUUGUGAAUGUUCAAAUCCUCAAUAAAUAUCCACUCGUCAAUUUUAUGCAGAGCUGCCGGGGGACAGCUGCGUUUUUACACACGACACAGCGAGAGUCGGUAGCAUUAAAUAUUCCACCCUUAGAACCUUGCGUUUUGGCAGUGAAAACCCAUCACUCUGCAGCGGUGACACUCGGCAGGGAAGAGCAGUUUUGCCCGCUCUAGGAGAGGAAGUGAAGUCGAGUGAUUAGAGCAGGGGCUGGAAGCCAGGACUCCGGGGGUUCUCUUCCCAGCUCUGGGAGGGAAGCAGGGUCUAGUGGCUUGAACAGGGGACUGUAUGCAUAUGUUUGUACAACAAGAUUAUUAUAAAGGGACAAAACUACCUGCCAUUAGGGCAACUUCUGACAAGCCAGAGACUUUCAUUUUGCUGACCUGGUGAGUGGAGCAGACCUAGGUGUGUCCGAGCUUGGUUUCAGGCAGCUUCAUCCUGCAGGGGCAACAGCUGCAUUGUCAUCUUCAGCAGGAAGGAAAGAGACACCUGCAUGGCUGCGAUGGGCCACAUGCUGGCCAGGAUCUGCUGGUUAAGCAGUGCUUCCUUGGAGGGGAGAUAGGCAAGUGUUUCGCUGGCUUGGGUUCAAAGGGAUGCUCCGGGCAGGUCACUCUUGCUUCAGGUUAGUUUUCACUACAUAGUGA